AUGGACUUUGCGGAAGCCCAUGAUCUUGUCCUCGCCAACACCUUCUUCAAGAAGAGACCGUCCCAUCUCAUUACGUACGCCAGUGGUGGGAUAUCAACUCAAAUUGAUUUCUGGCUUGUCAAGCGGGAUAAGCUGAAAACGAAGGCAUUUUCACGGCCAUCACAUCUUCAGAGACACCAGAGAACACACACGGGCGAGAAGCCAUUCCUGUGCCCUGUGUGUGGGAAGACAUUUGCACACUCGUCACAUCUUCAGAGUCACCAGAGAACACACACUGGUGAGAAGCCAUUCCCGUGCUCUGUAUGUGGGAAGACAUUUGCACAGUCAUCAAGAACACACACGGGCGAGAGGCCAUUCCUGUGCCCUGUGUGUGGGAAGACAUUUGCACACUCAUCACAUCUUCAGAGUCACCAGAGAAUACACACCGGCGAGAAGCCAUUCCUGUGCCCUGUGUGUGGGAAGACAUUUGCACACUCAUCACAUCUUCAGCGUCACCAGAGAACACACACGGGCGAGAAGCCAUUCCUGUGCCCUGUGUGUGGGGAGGCAUUUGCACGGUCAUCAAACAUGAACAGGCAUCAGAAGAAGUCAUUUUCACGGCCAUCACAUCUUCAUAGUCACCAGAGAACACACACGGGCGAGAAGCCAUUCCUGUGCCCUGUGUGUGGGAAGACAUUUGCAAGGUCAUCACAUCUUCAGAUUCAUCAGAGAACACACACGGGCGAGAAGCCAUUCCUGUGCCCUGUGUGUGGGAAGAAAUUUGCAAACUCAUCACAUCUUCAGAGUCAUCAGAGAACACACACGGGCGAGAAGCCAUUCCUGUGCCUUGUGUGUGGGAAGACAUUUGCACAGUCAUCACAUCUUCAUAGUCACCAGAGAACACACACGGGCGUGAAGCCAUUCUUGUGCUCUGUGUGUGGGAAGGCAUUUUUUUUGUGA